AACAAAGGGUUCGUCCAGCUGCUCCCAGAGACCCUCCGCGGCUGCUCCAUGAGGGGCUUCUCCCACCCACCCAUGCACAGAGGGGAGAAAAGUUUUGGUAUACAAAUGCUUUCAGUUCAGCCAGACACGAAACCGAAAGGUUGUGCUGGCUGCAACCGCAAGAUAAAGGACCGCUACCUGCUAAAGGCGCUGGAUAAAUACUGGCAUGAGGACUGCCUGAAAUGUGCCUGCUGCGACUGUCGUCUUGGGGAAGUGGGGUCCACGCUAUACACUAAAGCCAACCUCAUCCUCUGCAGGAGGGACUACCUGAGGUUGUUUGGCGUAACAGGGAAUUGUGCGGCGUGCAGCAAGCUGAUCCCUGCCUUCGAGAUGGUGAUGCGUGCGAAGGACAAUGUCUACCACCUGGACUGCUUCGCUUGUCAGCUGUGUAACCAGAGGUUUUGUGUGGGAGACAAAUUUUUUUUAAAGAACAACAUGAUUCUGUGCCAGACGGACUAUGAGGAGGGCUUGAUGAAGGAGGGUUACGUGGCCCAGGUGCGCUGAAUGGACAGC